GUGCUGGUAAGGCCUUUGGUCGUCAGGAGCGGUAGGGAAGCACAAAGCGUGCAAAUAUGGAAAGGACUACGAUGUUUGGGCGUUCCGCACCUCUGUGCCAACCGUCUUGCAGCCGCCCGCAAAGUAGGUCGCCUGCAGAUAGGCUUGUUACCUGCGUCGCGACUCCCACAAAGCCACCCACAGCUAAAAAAGCAAAGAGGUCAAAGGUGGAGGUGCUGAAGGAAAAGAGCGAUUACCUGCGGCAUCCGUUGAUGGAGCAGCUAGUGACGGAGGAUCCCAACAUCAAUGAGGAGGCAGGGCAGCUGAUGAAGUUCCAUGGCAGCUACCAGCAGGAUGACAGGGACAAGCGCGGCUUUGGCCAGGGCAAGCACUACCAGUUCAUGAUGCGCACGCGGCAGCCUGCUGGCUGUGUCACCAACCAGCUGUACCUCACCAUGGAUGACUUGGCAGACCAGUUUGGCAACGGGACACUGCGGCUGACAACGCGGCAGACGUACCAGCUGCACGCGGUGCUGAAGCAGGACUUGAAGACGGUCUUCUCCACAGUCAUAAAAAACAUGGGCACCACUCUGGGGGCGUGCGGCGACGUCAACCGCAACGUGUUGGCGCCCCCGGCCCCCUUCAAGGACCGGCCCGAAUAUGUGCACGCUGCCAAGCUGGCCGAGGACAUUGCGGACCUCUUUGCACCGCAGUCUGGCGCCUACUACGAUGUCUGGCUCGACGGCGAGAAGUUUGUCAGCGCCCAGAUGGAGGACCCGAAAGUGACAGCGGACCGCGCGUUCAACGAGUUUGGGACUAACUUUGAGGGCAGCCCAGAGCCGCUGUACGGCAGCUUGUUCCUGCCGCGCAAAUUCAAGGUAGCAGUCACGGUGCCGGGGGACAACAGCGUGGACAUCUUUACUAACGAUGUGGGCGUCGUGGUCAUGACGGACGAUGUUGGGGAGGUGCUCGGCUACAACCUGCUCGUUGGAGGGGGCAUGGGCCGCACUGCCAGGAACAACCAGACGUUCGCGCGGUUGGCGGACCCGCUAGGCUUUGUGGCCAAGGACGACAUAUUCCACGCGCUCAAGGCGAUUCUGGCGACUCAGCGCGACUACGGCCGCCGAGAUGACCGCAAGUUUAGUCGCCUGAAAUACCUGGUGGCCGACUGGGGCGUCGACAAGUUCCGCUCCGUUGUUGAGCAGUACUUUGGCAAGCGCCUGGAGCCCCUAAGGCCGCUGCCGGAGUGGGAGUUCAAGGACUACCUGGGCUGGAUGGAGCAGGGAGACGGGCGGCUGGCCUACGGGGUGUUUGUGCAGAACGGGCGGCUGAAGGGGGAGCUGAAGGCGGCGCUGCGGCGGGUGAUAGAGCGGUACGAGCUGCCGGUGAUCAUCACGGCCAACCAGAACAUCAUCCUGACCGAGAUCCACCCCUCCUGGAAGGCGGACAUCCUGGACACCCUCUCCGGCGCCGGCGUCAGGGAUGUUGUUGACUUGGACAGCAUAGACCGCACGAGCAUGGCCUGCCCGGCCAUGCCCACCUGCGGCCUGGCCGUGACCGAGUCGGAGCGCUCGCUGCCGGACAUCAACACACGCAUCCGCACCCUCAUGUCCGCCCUCGGCUUUGACGAGGCCGAGUCAUUCGUCGUCCGCAUGACCGGGUGCCCGAACGGGUGCGCGCGGCCGUACAUGGCGGAGCUGGGUUUCGUGGGGGACGGCCCCAACAGCUACCAGUUCUGGCUCGGCGGAUCCCCCAACCAGACCCGCCUUGCAGAGCCCUUCCAGGACCGCGUCAAAAUCCAGGAUAUUGAGAAGGUGUUGGAGCCCAUUCUGUUCUUCUUCAAGAACAGGCGGCGGCCGGGCGAGGCGCUCGGCGACUUUACAGCGCGCGUCGGCUUCGACGCCCUCAGGCAGUACAGCAAGGACUAUGUAUCGAAGGAUGCAGAGGCCAAGCUGCCGGUGCUGGCGGUGUCAGAGGAGGUGUACACAGCCCUGGAGGCCUCAGCGGCAAAGCAGGGGAAGACAGUGGCGCACAUGGCCACCGAAGCCCUGCGUGGGGUCCUGUUAUGAGCGGCGGUGGUGUCUCUGAUUUUGUUCCUGGCGUUGAUUGGCGCUCGUCAUGAUUUUUGGGCUCACAUUUUAGAGUCUCUAUGAUGCUGGGGUUGUGGCGGAAAAUGUGGGCUAGUGACGGCAGGAGCUGUUUGGGAGGGAAUUGGCCGUAUAAUUUUGGACUCGCACAAGAACGUUGCUCAUUCGCUGCUGGAUUUGUGGUGGAACUUGGCAUGCCAGUACUAGUGAAAUUUGAUAUCUGGAGAUAUUUGCAGACCAUCUGUAGUGCCCGUGCUUGAUAUGGUUGCCAUUAUCAGCAUCUCUCCAAAGUCAAUGCUGCUUGCACAAGCAAUGCUAGAAAUGGAACUAGGCUUGUGCACAACGUAAAUUGAUCCCCAUGGCCAUCGAUGGCGCUGGAAUGAAGCAUUGCCCUGACCAUGGACAUUGUCAGUCCAAUCCUGAACAUUCCCAGUGGGUCAAAUGUGUGAUCCAUCCAUAUCUCUGCGGCAUAGGUCCUUCACAUAUUCCAUGUGCUUGAUUACAGCCGUAAAGAGUUGUAAUAUCAACAGCAGUC